AUGCUUAAGUACGGUUACGAACUGUUCGGAAUUUCAAUGGAUCACUUUGUUCCGCCAUCACCACCAAGAGCUCCAACAAACACCACCGGUGGAGCGACUACCGUUUCCGAGCAAAACGUGCAGGUGAAUGCAAAUCCGCCAGCUCAAAUCAAGGAGUUGUCGGAAUCGUUGCAAAAUGUGAAAAUUGACAAUAUCAACAAAGUGAAGAAAACUAAAACAUCUGAAUUCAAGCAUACUAAGAAAGAAACACUGACGAAAAAGCAGAUCCAGCGUUAUUCACUCCAGACUAUGGAAAUCAAGAUUACUCGCUGGAGUUCCGGACAACCAACAACUACUACGGAGAAGAUCAUGGUUUCUCUUCCCGAUAAUGAUGAGCCGAUGAAUACUGAGGUAUAA